CAUCUCAUGCAGAAUUGUAAGAACCCGUCGACCCAGGGAGAUGAGUAUGGCUGUCUCCGAUGUCGAUGUUUUGGGCACGUACACACCCACUGUCCGGAUCUGUACAAGCGUUAUCUCAAAACCAACAAGGCUCAGUCUCAGACAGUUGUUAAGAUCAACGACGUCGGGACUAUCCGAAGGUCAUCGUGCAGUUGGUGCGCCGGGGACCAUCACACAUGUAAAUGUCCCAAGAAACCCAGAAAUCUGCGCCUGUCAGCUGUGGAGGUCCAAUUCCUAGGUGAUAGUGAGGCAUUUUUUCACGAGAAAAUCCUGAAAAGCUCUGCGCUGGUCAGUGAGUAUGAGAAGAUACAGAGCGCAUCCAGACGCCCGGAGGUGGUCUCACACAAACGAUUUGACCAGCGCGAGGAGCGGACUAGCAGAAGCAUACGAACACACGAGCGGCCCCCCAGAGAUAGCCAUAGCCACCACGACCGCAAGCGACGCCGCACAGAACAGAGUGAGCCAGACAGUGCGCAGGAGCGGGAUAGAAGGCAGGCACGCCGCGAGGAGAAACGGGACAGGCGGGUGGCAAAGGAUAUUGAAGCGGCGAAAAUAAAGGAGAAGGAAAAGAAGGAGAAGAAAGAAAAGAAGAAGAAAGCAAAAGCAAAGGGUGACGACAGAGACAGAGGAUCCGAGAGAGGGGGCCAGAAGGCGGAUAAGACACGCGGGGAAGGAUACGACAGAAGCCAAACGCACGGGAGUGUGAAGGAUAAGAGGAAUGCGGGAGUGCAGUCGAAACGGGGUCCACUAAUUGGGUCGGAUAGAUCGCACGCAUCGCCGUACCACAGCCGUAACCACAGCCCCACGCCAUACCAGAACACUCAAAACUCAAACGUCUUUGUACGCAACGGCCUCACUCUUCCACAGGCAGCUGGCAGUUCACGGCAAAGUAUAGGUUACCAGAACCCGAAUCAGCACUACCAGAAUACAUAUACACAGCGUGCACCCACUCAGUGGCCGCCCCAUCGGUCGUCUAUGUUCGAACACGCACCUGCUAAUCCUGGAAGAAGAAGCUAUAAUGGAAAUGCCUAUGAUAACAACAACAGUAGAUCAAUGUAUAGGGGUGGAUACAAGCGCUGAUACACAGCAGCAUCCUCAAUAGUAAUUAACAAGCAAUUGAAGGGCCGUACAUUCAAUCACGAGACAUCUAAUAUUUCGCUGCCGCUUCAAUACCAAAAACGGUGGUACGUAUCGAGGUAUGAGCUGAACCAUGACUCAUUCAGCACAUGAAUAGAGAAAAUAAAAUUUCUGUUGGCUGC